AUGCUGGCUCGUCUAUCUGAAGUCCUCUUCUUCAUCAUUCUUACUAUGGGCUGCCCGUACGCUAGUUCCCGCUCUCGUUUCCGGUCCUCGCGCGCGCCGUUCAAUCCUCCUCCGUCCCCACCGGGCAAUCCUCCCCCAUCCCCUCCGUUCACUCCGCCCCCGAGCCCUCCACCGUCCCCUCCACCGCGCCGCGCAGAGCGCAGAAGACGUUGCUUCCCGCCGCCCAAGAGACACAGCUACGACUACGACCUUGACCCCGAAUUUGGCUAUCCUCUCAAGCGCAUGGGCAAGCACGCCGCGAAGCCCAUGCACAACUACAGCAAAGCAGGCCACAGGCGCGAUGACAGGGGGCGCCCUCCUCGCCAUCAUCACCACAGUCCCCACGUCCACCACAGUCACUCCGGCGACUACGGACACUACCAGCAACAGCAGCCGCAGCCGCAGCCGCAGCCGCAGAACCCUCCCCCGAAGUCCGUCCACUGGGGCCAAAUCACCGAGAUCAAACCCCUCGAGCAAGUCAGCCGCAGGCUCAGCAUAGAAAACCCUAGCGCAGUCGACAUGCAGCCCACAGGAUCAAGCGGGAUGCCCCUGAAACCCUGCCUGAAGCCACCCACCCAACUCGACCAGGAAAUGGAGCAGAAGAACCUGCGCGGCCUAAUCGACGAGGCCAUCCGCCGCCAGAACCUGCACUACACCGCCAUCGAGUAUCACUCCGGCGAAGCGGUCUUGGACUCGAUCAUGUUGACGGAUGAGAAGAUUGCGUUCCACCAGGCCAGAAUCGAGGCUUUGGAAGACGUUGCGCGGAUGCGUGUGCGGUCUCGGUCUCGGUCUCGUUCUCGCUCCCGCUCCCGCUCCCGGUCGAGCUCUAGGGGCCAUUGCUUGAAUAAGGAUGCGGAGUGUAUAGGUGGGUGA